CAUAAUAAAUAGCAUUUUCUUAUUUAACUUUGAUAUGAUUGGAGUGAAUAAAUGAUACUUUCUUAAAAAAAAAUAAAAAAAAAAUAGAAGUUUGCCAAUUGUUUGAUAUUUGAACAUUUAUUAAAGUGUUAGGUGUGGAUGCAGAAUGCCAAAACACUAACAUUUGAGGGAGCAAAAAUAAUAAAUAGUUUGAUAAAAGGGGUCAAUAAUGUAUUUGAUCAUAAAAUAGGUCCAAAAACGAGAAGAAACUGGAAUCCGUUUCUGAUUUUCUUCUUCUUCUCCUCCACAUCUCCCACCAGAAAUUCCCUAAUUACAGUCCCCCUCUCUCUCUCUUCUUUCUCUCUCUAGAAUGGAUAGAGAUGAAAACCGGAAACCGAAUAAACCAAUUUACCUUUUCCCCAUCUUAAUUCUCUUCUUAGCCGUCUCAUUCACCAUAAUUACCAGAACAAACCUCUGCAGAAUUUACCUCCUAAAAUCAACUUUUCUUCAUCGCCCUAAUUUCUUUCAAUCUCUCUCAAAAUUUCUACAUUCAAAUCCAAAUCCAAAUCCAAUCCCUAAACAGAACGAAAUCGCCGAACCCAAUUAUUGUGUUUUAUGGAUGGCCCCUUUCCUCUCAGGCGGCGGCUACAGCUCAGAAGCCUGGUCCUACAUCCUAGCCCUAAACAGUCACAACAAGAAGCAAAAGAAUCCAUUUUUCAAACUGAGCAUCGACCACCACGGCGAUCAAGAAAACGUCGAAUUUUGGGAGGGUUUGCCCCAGGAAAUGAGAGACCUAGCUAUUGAGCUUCACAAUACUGAAUGCAGAUUGAAUCAGACGGUUGUGGUUUGUCACAGUGAGCCAGGGGGUUGGUACCCCCCUUUGUUUCAAACCCAUCCUUGCCCGCCUGCCGGUUACGGUCUGUUUAAGGUUGUCGUCGGGAGAACUAUGUUCGAAACCGAUAGGGUGAAUUCGGAACACGUUAAUCGGUGUAAUAAGAUGGAUUACGUUUGGGUUCCGACCGAUUUUCAUGUUGAUACAUUUACGCAGAGUGGGGUGGACCCCACGAAGAUUAGGAAGAUCGUCCAGCCCGUGGAUUCGGAUUUUUUCGACCCGUUUAGGGUUGACCCGAUGGACUUGGAUCCACUAGGUAGUCUAGUGUUGGGAUCGAAAGGAUCCGAUUCCAGAAAACCGUUUGUUUUCUUGAGUGUGUUCAAGUGGGAGUAUAGGAAGGGGUGGGAUGUGUUGUUGAGGGCUUACUUGAAGGAAUAUUCCAGCGGCGAUGACGUGGCGUUGUAUCUGUUGACAAACGCUUAUCACUCGGAGAAUGAUUUCUCUAACAACAUUGUUGACUUUGUGGAGAGUAGUGAUAUGGAGAAACCUAGUGACGGUUGGGCGAAGAUAUACGUGAUUGACCAACACGUACCUCAAGUUGAUUUGCCGAGGUUGUAUUUGGCGGCUGAUGCGUUUGUUUUGCCGACUAGAGGGGAGGGGUGGGGGCGGCCGAUUGUGGAGGCAAUGGCCAUGUCGUUGCCGGUGAUUGCCACGAAUUGGUCUGGGCCCACCGAGUAUCUGACGGAGGAGAAUAGCUAUCCGAUACCUAUUGUGGGGGUGAGUGAAGUGGAACAAGGGCCUUUUAAGGGGCAUUUGUGGGCGGAGCCUUGUGUUGACCAGCUUCGAAUUCUGAUGAGGCGUGUGGUGAUGAAUCGAGAUGAAGCUAGAGCUAAAGGAGCAAAGGCUAGGCUUGAUAUGGUGAGAAGGUUCUCCCCUGAGAUUGUUGCGGAGGGCAUUAUCGACCAUUUACAAGGAAUUGUUGACGUUUUUCAUUGACUUUUUUUUUUUUUUCGCUUCCUUUUUGUAUAAUU